AUGGCUGGCUACUUUUCCAACCACUCCCAGUCCCGCUUCCUCGCAAACUCCAAUUCUACCUCCUCCGCAACCCAGACGACCGUGGCUCCGACACCCUCACCCGCACCGCGUCCCCGCGUGCCCUCGUCAAAGCACUUUUCCACAUCACUAUCCACCUCCUCCGCCGACGAAAAGUCCCCGAACAAGGACAAACCCUCCGCCAGCGCAAGCCGCAACGCGAGCCCCGUCGUGCAUCCCCUCCGCCAUACCUGGGUAUUCUGGUUCCGCCAGCAGCGCGGUCCCGGCACAAAAAUCACAAACUACGAGGAGGGCAUCAAGAAGGUCUCUGCGUUUAGCUCGGUCGAGUCCUUCUGGUCCCUCUGGACACACCUCCACUCGCCGUCCGCCCUCCUUCCCACCACCGACUAUCUCCUCUUCCACUCUGGCGUCCGCCGUCCCGUCUGGGAGGACCCUCUUAACCUCCCCGGCGGCAAGUGGAUAAUCCGUCUCCGCAAGGGCAUUGCGGACCGCCUUUGGGAGGACCUCGUCCUCGCUGUCGUUGGCGACCAGUUCGCCGAGUGCUCUACUGGAGACGCGCCUACCGACGGCGCGCAGCCGGGCAGGGGCGAGGAGAACGGGGCCGCACCGGAGGGCGAGUGGCCCGAAAUCUGCGGGUGCACGAUUAGUGUGCGUCAGAACGAGGACAUCAUCUCCGUCUGGAACCGCCAUGACUCGGAUGCUCAGGUAAAGGAGAAAGUAAAAGAAACAAUUUGGCGGGUGCUCAACCUCCCACCAACAACCGUCAUGGAGUACAAGUCAAACAAUGACUCCAUGCAAGACAAGUCGAGCUUCCGGGUACCUGCCAGCGUAAGCGUAGAUCGCACACCGCAGUCAUGA